UUUUUUUGUUUUCUUUUAUAAAACCGAUUGUAUCGCUUUGUUUUAUUAGCAUGUUCAGGGUCAACUGUUCGAUAAAUAUGGUUUAAACAUAAGGCGUUUUUUUAUUUAUUUGCGCUUGACCACUAACAGCCACGACUGAUAUGAUUUCAUAAAUGUUUAUUUUGUAAAAAAAAAUCUGUUGAAGAGCAGUGAACUAAACAUGCAGUGACGUUGUCCAACAAUGUUAUGGUUCCUGGCUGUGACGUAAUACACAAAAACAUGGUUCCCUUGUUUUGAACCCGAAAAGCGUGCUAAGUGUUUCUUUAACUUCACCGCGCGCGGAGAUGCGUUUCCGAAAGCGAGCGACUGGAAAACAUCGAUAAGAGACGAUGGCCCAGGCCGUGGAAACGUGCGCUGCAUCUGGACGCAGGCUGCGCUCCAUUUGCCGAAGGUUGUACGACGAAAACGAGGAUUUAUCCGACGUUGAAGAAAUUACAAACAUCCGAGGUUUCAGUGUGGAGGAAAAGCUCGUCAGUGACAGAUACAGCGCCACGUUUGUGCACUUCAUGGAGGGUAAAGACUUCUCUUAUGAAUAUGUGCAAAGGGAUGCUCUCAGGACCCCACUCAUCUUCAAAGAGAAAGAGGGACUAGGGCUCAGAAUGCCCGAUCCGGAAUUCACAGUCAGUGAAAUUAAGGGCUUAGUUGGGAGUCGCCGGUCUGUGGAUGUUAUGGAUGUGAGCACCCAGAAAGGCUCUGAAAUGAGCAUGUCUCAGUUUGCCCGUUAUUACGAGACACCGGAGGAAGAGCGGGGCAAACUGUUCAACGUCAUCAGCUUGGAGUUCAGCCACACUAAACUCGAGAACCUCAUCAAGCGGCCCACAGUGGUAGAUCAAGUGGACUGGGUGGACAACAUGUGGCCUCCUGAUCUGAAGCAAAGCCAAACAGAAGCCACCAAUGUAAUCUCAGACAUGAAGUAUCCAAAAGUGCAGAGAGUGCUGCAUACAGUCGCUGUUAUCCAUCUCAUGUACUGUUUGAUGAGUGUGAAGGGCUGCUACACAGACUUCCACAUCGACUUUGGUGGAACUUCUGUUUGGUAUCAUGUAUUCAAGGGACAGAAAGUGUUUUGGCUUGUGCCUCCAACCCCUCAUAACCUGGCCCUUUAUGAGGACUGGGUCCUGUCAGGCAAGCAGAGUGAUCUCUUCCUGGGAGACCGAGCUGACGGAUGCCAGAGAGUGGGACUUGAGCAGGGAUACACGUUCUUCAUCCCAUCUGGCUGGAUUCAUGCCGUCUACACUCCAGAGGACACUCUGGUAUUUGGAGGCAAUAUUCUGCACAGCUUCAACAUUCCUAUGCAGCUUACCAUCCAUGAGAUAGAGAAUAGGACCAAGGUUCAUUCCAAGUUCCGGUUCCCCUUCUACUUUGAGAUCUGCUGGUAUGUCCUGGAGAGAUACCUGCACUGCCUCACCAAGGGCUCGUACUUCUCCCAGGAGCUCCGCAAAGAGGCGGUACUAAUGGACUAUGAGACAAAGGGGAACACAGAGAGCCCGUCCUCCGACUCGAGGAGCCGGGACACGAACGAGGACUCGUGUGACACUCAAGUCAGGGAGGGCCAGGGGGGAAAUCCAGAGAAGGCCGCCCAGGAUGGCCCCUGCUGUCCCGACACCCAGAGGAGCCAGCACCUCAAAGCGGUUUUGUCCGUCCACUCCGAGGACAGCUGUAAUCCCGGCUCCACCCCUCUGGAGUUCCCUCAGACCCCCUCGGACUCUUCAGCCCCGGAGGCAACAAACAAAUGGAUGCAUUUGACCGAGUUCGAACUGAGCGGACUCAGGAAGCUGGUUGAGAAGCUGGAGUUGCUCCCCGAAAACAAAAAAUGUGUUCCCGAGGGAAUAGAGAACCCCCAAGCGCUGCUGGAAAACAUGAAGGUGGUCUUAAAAGAACACGCUGAUGACGACCCCAAAUUAGCAAUCACUGGAGUCCCUGUGGUUCACUGGUCAAAGAAAACGAUGAAGCCGCGGCCUCCAAACCGGCCUAAACCUAAGAUGGCAGCUUCCCCUGCAUCAGCAGUCAAGCUGUCAGCUGGUCGGGGAACAUCUGGCGCCAGGAGGAGAAGGACGCGCUGUCGGAAGUGUGAAGCGUGCCUGCGGACGGAGUGUGGAGAGUGCCACUUUUGUAAAGACAUGAAGAAGUUUGGUGGUCCGGGCCGCAUGAAGCAGUCCUGCAUCAUGAGGCAGUGCAUCGCACCCGUCCUGCCGCACACAGCGGUGUGUCUCGUCUGUGGAGAGGCAGGGAAAGAGGACACGGUGGAGGAUGAGGAGGAGAAGUUUAACCUUAUGCUCAUGGAGUGCUCCAUCUGCAAUGAGAUUGUUCAUCCUAACUGUCUGAAGGUGAAAGAUUCAAACGGCGUAGUCAAUGAUGAAUUGCCAAACUGCUGGGAGUGCCCAAAGUGUAAUCAUGCUGGGAAAACAGGAAAACAAAAAAGGGGGCCAGGAUUUAAGUAUGCCUCAAACCUUCCCGGUUCGCUGCUGAAAGAACCCCGGUUAAACCGGGAUUCAAAGGAGGAUCCCGACCCACCCAUGUUGGCCACAGCAACUGUCACUGCUUUGACUUCCGCAUCGGCUGUGAAGAGAAAAGCGGAGCGGGAGGAAAUCCCUACGACGAGGGAGGAAGAACCUGCAAAGAAACGUCCUCCCUUGCUGUCCCUGGAUGGUGCGCUGCGGCCGAGGCUAGAGGAAAACCCACUACGGAAAAAGAGGAAGCUUUUUGACACCCAUGAUGAACCUGUAAUGGUGAAAAAGAAGAAGAAGCUUUUAAAACCAGAUGAUCCUUUGACUCUCAAGCUGUUGCGGCAAAUCAAGACAGAAAACGAUCAGUCCGACGAAGAAGAUGACCAGGAGGAUCACAAAGAAGAUGGAUUUUCAGUCAGAAUGCAUUUAAAGGGCAAAAAUGAAUAUGAUGAAGAAGACCAAGCAGAGGACAACGAGGGAGGGGAGGAGAAGCCAGUGAAAAAAGAGCGAGACGGCGGCGGUGCAGAGGACAAAGCCAAGGUCCUGCUAAGUCCACUGCUAAGAACAUCUGCGGCCAGAGACGGCGAACAAUCCUCCAACUCCCCCACGGCGGGACCGAGCAGCGACUCCGGAGAAGCCGAGGAGAGGAACUCGGCUCAGCUGAGGGCUCAGCUGAAGGCUCGCCAUCAGCGGCGGCGCCUCCCCAACAGAGAGCUGAGCAAGGAGUUCAACCAAGAGAUCCCCAAGACGGAGGAGUGCCUCUCCGACCCAAGCCACGGCUCGGUGAAGGCCGAGGAGGGUUCAGCCAAUCACAACCGACGGCCGCCGAAGAACGAGGACCCCGUGACCCAUCAGAACCGCAAGCCGCUGAAGACGGAGGACUCGACCGCCAACCAGAGCCGCAGGGCCCCGAAGGCGGAGGACGGCUCGGCCAACCACGACGCACGCCCGCCGAAAACGGAGGACGGCCCGGCCAAUCAGAACCACGGGCGCGUGAAGACCGAGCCCCAGGGCGAGGCGGAGGACCAGAAGCCUCGAUGGCCUCUCGGCAGCAACGGCAGCGGCGACCUGGGCGACUGGCUGCGACACCGGGAGGGGGGGGGCAACGAGGCGCCGCACGGCUUCUCGCCGCCGGGCUGGAACCGGAGCGCGCCGGUCGCGGCCGCGGACCCCCGUCCGCUCCCCUGCAGGUCCCCGCCGAAAUGCGUCCAGAUGGAGCGCCACGUGAUCCGGCCCCCUCCCAUCAGCCCCCCGCCCGACCGGCUCCCGCUGGCCGACGGCGAGGCGCACGCCAUGCGCAGAGAGAUGUGGAUGACGGUGUUCGGCCACCUGGCUCACAGGGACCUCUGCGUGUGCAUGCGGGUCUGCAGGACCUGGAACAGAUGGUGCUGCGACAAGCGGCUGUGGAAGCGCGUGAAUCUGAACCGCUGCAAGUCCAUCACGCCCCUCAUGCUGAGCGGCAUCAUCCGGAGGCAGCCGGUGGCUCUGGACCUCAGCUGGACCAACAUCUCCAAGAAACAACUGGGCUGGCUCGUCAACAGGCUGCCAGGUUUGCGUGUGCUGCUUUUGUCAGGCUGCUCCUGGGUGGCGGUCUCGGCUCUUUGCACGUCCAGCUGUCCUCUUCUGCGAACUCUGGACGUCCAGUGGGUCGAGGGACUGAAAGACGCCCAAAUGAGGGACCUGCUGUCGCCCCCUACAGACAACCGGCCGGGUCAGCUGGACAACAGGAGUAAACUGCGCAAUGUGGAGGACCUGCGCCUGGCGGGCUUGGACAUCACGGACACGUCCCUGCGCCUCAUCAUACGCUACAUGCCCUCGCUGACCAAGCUGGACCUCAGCUACUGCAACCACGUCACCGACCAGUCCGUCAACGUGCUGACCGCGGCGGGGACGACCACCAGAGACUCGCUCACUGACAUCAACCUGUCCGUCUGUAACCGGGUCACAGACCAGUCGCUGACCUAUUUCAAGCGCUGCGGGAGCGUAUGUCACAUCGACCUGCGCUACUGCAAACAGGUGAGCAAGGAAGGAUGCGACCGCUUCAUCGCCGAAAUGUCCGUCAGCGUGCAGUUUGAACUGAUAGAAGAGAAGCUGCUGCAGAAGAUCAGUUAGGAAACAGGGAGGACUGUGUGACAUUCACAGGGUGUGAAACACACUGCCCACAUGGAGGCAGCAGACGCCUGUGUCCUGAUGGAGGAGGAGGCCGUGCUGCCAGAAUGUAAAGAUGGAAAACUUGCCGUCCUGUGAAGGGAAAUUUGCAAAAAUGUUUUUGUGGUUGUUUGCACCUGUAUAGAAGUUAUUUAUUUCUUCACAUAUUGAUUGUUAAUGUAUUGUGUCUUUUUAGUUUUAAUAUUCUGUUGUUUGAAUGCAAAUUACUUUGCAUUAGAGGAAUAUUUUUGUAUCAGAAAGUGUUUCAUACAUUUAUGUGCAGUAUUGAUUGCACCUCUGUACAGUAUCACACCAUUGGAAUUGAUAAUCAAUUGGUAUUACUGUUAAGCUCUUAAUUGUUGAGAGGCAAAGGUCUAAUUAUUUGUUGCCAAACUGUAGAUGGUAGCUUCUGUUUGUGUGUUUUUAUACCUGAUUAUAUGUUUCAGUGCCCCGUUUCUGUUCGGACGAAGGUACCGUAUAUUUUGUUCUCCAUAUGACAAUUUGCACUAAUACAGUAAGUUUGAAUACACGAAUGUGUUCACAUACACUUUACAGUCUAUAAAGCUUUUUUUUUUAUUUUCCAACACUAAAAUGUUUGGCUAAUUCUACUAACAGCUUCCAACUAAUUGGGUUGUAUUAGGACACAGCUUCAUGCAAACGUCUCUGCCAGUCUCCAUUGCAUUCAUUGGUGCUUUAUGUGUGUGUGUGUGUGUGUUGGCUCUGCAUGCAGCAAAGGCACAUAUUUACACCACAGUCAUUAGAACGUAGUAACUGAAACAAUAUAAUCAUCUUUUAACUCCUGUCAGCUGUCCACAUAAAAAAAUACAAAAUCUGCUGAAUCUUGCGCAAAAUGAACAAUUAACAGAAUUUGACAAAGUGACAUGUUUAAAUCCGUCAAACAGGCCAACAGGUUGAAAUACAUGCUUAAUGUAUAGUUUCCCAAUUCUCAUGAGGUGAAUAUAUUUAAUUGAAAAGCUAUAAAGCCAGUAUUAAUAAACCAAAAAUCAAAUAAAGACAGUUUCUAUCAGGGUAGGAAAUGAACAUCAUCAUCAUCCCACAUGUUACUGAGCAUCGGCAAUUUGAAGAAGCUGCAAAAAAAAAGCCUUGUUCCUGAAAUAUUUCUGUAGCAAAGUGAUUUUGUUUGUUCUUUUUUCUGGGUUAGGGAUUCCACUAAAGUGUACAUUUGUUAACGGUGGAUACUCAUAUCAAAUAAUUUUUUAUAUUUAGCAAGUACUUGUCAACCAAGGGCACCAGUCAAUAGCAUAACUGUUUCUUAUACAUCUAUUCAUCAUCCCAAUAUCUAAAGUUAUAUUAAAAAAUGCUAAUUUCAAUAUGUGAAUGUCGGACACAAUAGUUAAACUUUUUAAGAGAGCUUUUGACUAGCACUUGAUACAGUCCAGUGGAAGAGUUUACAUUUACGUUUCAUCUGUUUCUGUUAAAGCAACAUCUCUUCAUAAAAGAUUUUAGUACAUUACUGUAAAUGUUCAAUCUGUACAUGAUGUACAUCUAAAGCAAAAAAGUUAAGUGAGCCUUUGAGAUAUUAAAUCCAUUUUAAAUAUUGA